GUUUGGUUUGUUUUGGACUUUAUUGAAAUUUAUUGAAAUCAUCGUAUUUACAAUUUCCGUCUUAUUUGUACCUUUGAUUGUUUUAUCCUAAAAAUUUUUAAUUUAACGAAAUUUCUAUGAUAUUUGAAAAAAUUAUUCCUUUCAACUUAAUUCAUUGAUUCCUAACCAGAAACAUAUUUCCUCUUUUUCAUCACCAUCAUCAUCAUUAUCUUUUGACUCCGAUCUUGCUUCCAUUUAUUGUGACAGUAUACCUUUUGUUUCUUUUUCAUCACCUUUUUAUUGAUCGACAUUCUAUUUUCGUACACUUCUCCGAUUUGUCUCCUUUUCUGCCGUCUGAUUUUAUUUAUAUCAUAACAAGUAUAAGAAACAUCAUCUUAGUGGUUCACACUUUCAUAGAAAGCAGUUAAAUGGAAUCGAAUGAAAGAUCAACUGAGGACAGUUUAUGUGACUCUCUGAAUGGUUGUAUUAAUUUAACAAAAAGUAAUGAAGCAACAAAGACUAGACAGAAAAGACCAGAUAGAGAAUUUUAUGUCCCACCAAAUGCACAUAUGUCCAAAGUUAAAACUGUAACUGAUAAUCCAUGUAAAAAGUCUGCCAAAGUGACGAAAAUUAAUAACGCUCAGCGAAAGUCAAACCAAAGUAAAGUGAAAAAGACGCAAGAAGAAAUAGUUGACACAGAGAAGGAGAAAAAUCAUAAAGAUAGUGUCAAAAAAGUUGUCAAAGAAGAGAAGAUUGAACAAAAAGAGAAUCAAUCCAUGGUUCAAUUGGAAUCUUCGAACGAAUCUGUCAAAUGUGCGAGCUCAAAUGAAUCAGAACCGUCAUGGGACGAUAUCUACGAUGAUGAUGGAGACUGUGUAAAACCUCAAUUGGUUGAACAAUUUUAUGAUCCAAACGAGCAUAAAAACGAAACCAAUCUUAAAGUUAAAGAUAAAGUCGACUACCUUAAAUUGGAAGUUUACGAGCCCAAUGAAGAUGAUUCCAAGUUAUCUCAUGUUUUGGAAAUAUAUGAUUUUCCAUCUGAUUUAAGGACGCAGGAUUUGGUAACAUCUUUAUCUGUUUUCAAUUCCCGAGAUUUUGACAUAAAAUGGGUUGACGAUACACAUGCUUUGGCUGUUUUCUCGAGCCAAAUCGCUGCUAGAGAGGCCAUGUCUAUGCCUUACACCAAUAUUCGUCUCAGACCUCUAAAUGAAGCCAUCAAGGAGUCGAGGGUAAAAGCUCAAAAAUGUGCUGCAGAACAUCUUUUACCACAUAGACAAAGACCGCAAACAUCAGCUGUACUUGCUCGUAGACUUGUUACGGGUGCUUUAGGAUUGAGAAGUACAAUUAGUUCGGAACAGCGAGCCGCCGAAAAGAAACGUUUACAAGAAGCAAGAGAGAAACGAAGGAUGGCCAUGAAAUUGACACAGGCUGUUUGGGAAGGAGACGUUGGUUAAAAUUUUAACUAAUCUGAAAUUAUUAUAAUACAAAUUGUUUAGUUUUUUGAUCUAAAGUCAAUGAUGAGAACUUAUCUUUGAAGACAUAAAUUUUUAAUUUUUUAAAUUAA